AUGAUCGUCGGCAUUUUCACCACGCUGGCUACGCUGGCCACAUUGGCAGCUAGUGUGCCUCUAGAGGAGCGACAAGCUUGCUCAAGCGUUUGGGGGCAAUGUGGUGGCCAGAACUGGUCGGGUCCAACUUGCUGUGCUGCGGGAAGUACAUGCGUCUACUCAAAUGACUACUACUCCCAAUGUCUUCCGGGCGCUGCAAGCUCAAGCUCGUCCACGCGCGCCUCGUCGACGACUACUCGAGUAUCGUCCACAACCGCCAGGUCGAGCUCCGUAACCCCUCCUCCUGGAUCUACCACUACGAGAAUUCCCCCAGUCGGAUCGGGAACCGCCACAUACUCAGGCAAUCCUUUUGUUGGGGUUACUCCUUGGGCCAAUGCAUACUAUGCCUCUGAAGUUAGCAGCCUCGCUAUUCCUAGUUUGACUGGAGCCAUGGCCACUGCUGCAGCAGCUGUCGCAAAGGUUCCCUCCUUUAUGUGGCUGGAUACUCUUGACAAGACCACUCUCAUGGAGCAAACCUUGGCCGACAUUCGCACCGCCAACAAGAAUGGGGGUAACUAUGCUGGACAGUUUGUCGUGUAUGAUUUGCCAGAUCGCGACUGUGCUGCCCUUGCUUCCAACGGUGAAUACUCAAUUGCCGAUGGUGGUGUGGACAAGUACAAGAACUAUAUCGACACUAUACGUCAGAUCGUCGUCGAGUACUCUGAUAUUCGCACCCUCUUGGUUAUUGAACCUGAUUCUCUUGCCAAUCUGGUCACGAACUUGGGUACUCCAAAGUGCGCGAACGCCCAGUCUGCCUACCUUGAAUGCAUCAACUACGCCAUCACGCAGCUGAAUCUUCCAAACAUCGCAAUGUACUUGGACGCCGGCCAUGCCGGAUGGCUUGGUUGGCCGGCAAAUCAAGAUCCGGCCGCCCAACUAUUUGCAAACGUUUACAAGAAUGCAUCGUCUCCAGCGGCUCUUCGCGGGCUGGCAACCAAUGUUGCCAACUACAAUGGGUGGAAUAUCACCAGCCCCCCCUCGUACACGCAAGGUAACGCCGUCUACAACGAGAAGCUGUACAUCCACGCCAUCGGACCUCUUCUUGCCAAUCACGGCUGGUCCAACGCCUUCUUCAUUACCGACCAAGGCCGAUCUGGCAAGCAGCCAACCGGGCAGCAGCAGUGGGGUGACUGGUGCAAUGUCAUCGGCACUGGAUUCGGUAUUCGCCCAUCGACAAACACGGGAGACUCGCUGCUGGAUUCCUUUGUCUGGGUCAAGCCCGGAGGCGAGUGUGACGGCACUAGUGACAGCAGCGCGCCACGGUUUGACUCCCAUUGUGCCCUCCCAGAUGCCUUGCAACCUGCGCCCCAGGCUGGUGCUUGGUUCCAAGCCUACUUUGUGCAGCUCCUCACGAACGCAAACCCGCCGUUCAUGUAA